UCCCACCUGAGAAAACGGCCUCCGGAGGAGGUCGCAGUGAGUGUUGGGGGAAGACGUCCAGUUUCUGCCUCAUAUGGGCGUUUUCCUCUCCUCUGAGAGGAGUCCGAAAACCUGCUGUGCAUCUCAAACAGCCCUUGGUGUGGAGUGAUAAACUGUGUGUUCCCCUUUACUUGGUGAUCAUGCAGAGAGCUUCACGUCUGAAGAGAGAGCUGCAAAUGUUAGCCACAGAGCCACCUCCAGGCAUCACAUGCUGGCAAGAAAAGGACCAGAUGGAUGACCUGAGAGCUCAAAUAUUAGGUGGAGCCAACACACCUUAUGAGAAAGGUGUUUUCAAACUGGAAGUCAUUGUUCCUGAGAGGUACCCAUUUGAACCUCCACAGAUCCGAUUUCUGACUCCAAUCUAUCAUCCAAACAUUGAUUCUGCUGGAAGGAUUUGUCUAGAUGUUCUUAAAUUGCCACCAAAAGGUGCCUGGAGACCAGCCCUCAACAUUGCAACUGUGUUGACCUCCAUUCAGCUGCUCAUGGCAGAACCCAACCCUGAUGACCCACUAAUGGCUGACAUUUCCUCAGAAUUUAAGUAUAAUAAGCCAAUCUUCCUCAAGAAUGCCAGGCAAUGGACAGAGAAGCAUGCAAGACAAAAACAGAGGGCCGAUGAGGAAGAAGUGCUUGAUAAUUUACCAGAGGCCAGUAACUCUGAAACAGACAGCUCAACACAAAAAAGGAAGGCUAGGCAGCUAGGAGGCAUAGAAAAGAAGUUUUGCCCUGAUGUUUAAGGAGCUUGUCCUGAUCCAUCUUAGUUAAUACAUUCUUUAUAAAGUGGUCUGAUUUGCUUACCUUUCUUGAAUGUUUUUCUUUGUUUUCAGUAACGUUAUAAUUUUUGUAUCCUAUAAAAGACUGUAUAUUUAUGUACUCUGCUCUACAGUGAUUCUGAGUGUAGUUUGUUUUAUUUACCUUGUACAUAUGUAUUUUGAAACCUUUUAAACCUGAAGAAUAAAUAAUCAUUUAAUAUUGAG